AUGGGAAAUAACUCCUCAUAUGCAAACGGUGGUAUAUACAUACAAACCGAUUAACCAUUUUACAUAGCAGGUGAUACUGUUACAGGAAAAGUACAUGUAAGUACUCUAGAAUCGUUUCCUGCUAAUGUACUUUCACUAAAGAUAAAAGGAUAUGAAGAGUCUUAUUGGUAAGAGUAACACUAAAGAACUCACACAGUUAGAGGUUCAGAUGGCUAGGAAAGAUAGCACACUGAAACCUAUUAUGAAACUCAUAGGGGUAAAAACACAUUCUUCUCACACUAAUUUCCUCUUUAUAUUUGGUCAAGCUUUUCCUAUAUGCCAGCUGGCCAAUUUACUUUCCCUUUCUAAUUCAAGUUGAUGGAAACUUUACCUGGAAGUUACUACGAAAGCGGUACAGAUAGAGGCUGUGAAUACAGGGCUAUUAUUAAAUAUAAGGUUAAAGUAGAAAUAAACUCAUCUAAUAAUAAAAAGCUUAAAAAUAAGCAAGAUUUGAUUAUUCGUGAACCUCUAAAGACAUAUGUAACAUCACAAUAUGGAGAAAGAGUUGUUAAACCAACAACAUGGUGCUGCAUAAGUUAAGGUUAGUCACACAUUAAAUGUCACUUUGAAAGAAACAGCUAUAUGCCUGGAGAGACUGCUCGUAUGCUUGCUGACCUUGAUAACUCAUAAUGCGAUUUAGAAAUAAAAAAUUUGCAAUGUUCUCUAAAUAAACGUUUGAGAUUGACUUCAAACAGUGGAAGAGAACACCUUAUUACUAAGUAAGUAAGCAGACGUGAUUUCUAAGGAGUUGGUGCUCACUAAACAGCUACAGAAAAUAAUAGACGUAGCUGUGAAGUAAAUCUAAUUGGAACUAACGGCACAGUAAUUUAGCCUUCAACAAGAGGAAGAUUAGUCAAUUGUGAAUAUAAUUUAAAUAUCUUAGCCAAUCUUGAAGGGUGUAUCUGCUGUUCUGAUAAGCCUGAAGUAACAGUGCCUAUUUCAAUAGUUUCUCCCCCUCCUCCUAAUUAUGGAUAAAUGUAACCUCCCCCAAAUUGGAAUCCUCAAGUAUUUGAAGUUAAGACAUUCGCUUUCACAAGUGAUUAUAUGUAUACCAAAAACUUACCCCCUCCACCAGGAAUGAAUAUUAACAUCAAUAUGCCUCCCCCACCUCCUAUGAAUCCCAUUCCUCCACCAAUGUAUCCUCCCAAUGAUCCUAUGCCUCCUCCAGUCAUGAACAUGAAUGUUAAUAUGAAUGCAAACUAGCCUACAACAUCUAACUAAGGAAAUGUAAAUAUGGGAAUAGGUAUGGGAGUUCCAGGAAUGAAUAUGCAAGUAAAUAUGAGUGGAAACGAUCCCAACUACAAUUAAAACUAAUAAUACCCCCCUUAAAAUAUGAAUGUUUAAGUAAAUCAGCAAGUAUAAUAUUAGGAUAAUAAUAUGCAAAUGGGUAUGGGUGCCCCAGGAAUGCAAUUCAAUUUUUAAGUAAAUGAUAACUAACACUAACACAACUAAAAUCAACAACCUCCAAAUAUGAAUAUGAAUAUGCAAUUCAACUAAGGUCCUCCCCCAAAUUUUUGA